AGUAAAAAGGAAAUCGGUGGCAGGAAAUACAAAGAGAUAGAUAGCCCCGUGACCAGCCGCUGUCUUGAUCUUCUCUGUCUGUCUCUCUCACCCGGAACUGAAAUUAUAAAAGCGGACAGUUUGGAGACAACCCCCUUCUUUUCCGCACAUUAUUUUUUCCCUCUAUCUUAUUGUCUCUCUCUCUCUCUCUCGUUUUUCACUAUCUUGUCUUUUUUUUUUUAGCUUUGACUCUUUUGCACGCCCAUGUCUCAAAUGGAUCAGUUUCAGUUCGUCACUCAAGCGUAUCCCAACUUUGACCCAGCCGCCCAGGCCAUGUACUAUCAUGACAUGGCAGCAGCAACAACAGCAACACAUCAGCAACACCAUCCCCACCAGCACGGCACUGACGGUCGCGUUACCGCGUAUUCGCAGUUCAACUUCCAGUUUUCUCCAGGCCAUGUUAAUCCCCAGCAUGAGCAUCAAGCUCGCAGACUGCAUCAACUACAGCAGCAUGCCGCUUUUCAACAGCAGCAAGCGGUGUAUCACCAACAAAUGUUGGCAUACCAGCAAUACCAUCAUGCCGAGCAUCAGCAGCAUCCCAUGUCGCCCGGUAAAAGCCGAACGUCGAGCCGAGCACAACGCCAUUGAACGUGCUCGCCGCGAGAAUCUCAAUACCAAGUUUCAGCAGCUGGCCCAUUCUUUGCCAAAUCUCCAAAAUGAUCGUCGUCCUUCCAAAGGAACUAUCAUUGAGAGAACACUUGAUUUUGUCAAGAACACAGUCAUGAAAGAAGAAAAGUUCCUCAGCGAGAUCAGAAAGUUGCGUGAAGAGCACGAAGAUCUUAUGCGACAGUUGACCCCAGGGCCUCCAUCCAAUGGUUCAGCCUCUGAUGCUGACGAAUCAGACGGCUCUUCAACGACUUCUCGCGGUGUCUUUGCAGUUGAUCGACUCAGUUUGAACUCGUCAUCGUGCCCUUCGCUUGAAUUGUCCUCCACGAGCCCUUCCCUGCAAGCUUCUUCUGGAUUAGAUUCAUCUGGCUUUAUGCCCUCGACAACAUCGUACGGCAACUUGCUUUCUUCGAACCCAGUGCACAACGACGUCAUGUUUGGCCAACACGAUCCUCAACACCACCAGUCACUGUUGCUUUCUAGCGCUGCAGCAACCUAUGAAAGCGACGACGAUUACAGCAGUGCCAACUUGGACGAAAUUGACCACACUGUCACUGACUUGACCUGUAAGUAAAAGAUACCAUGCAUGGAAAGCUGCUUUCUUUCUUCCCUUCUUAACGUUUGCGGCCCAUUCCGACUCAUUGUGAAUGAAUCUACUAUCACAUUUAGCUGCGUAUCCCAGCAUGGUUACAAUGCCACCUUCAACUGAAUAUAUGAACAAAAUGACCCCUUCACCAGACGCCAUUCCUUCUUCCGAUUACGAGUUCAAAUUCGAACCGCAGCAGCCGCAGCAACAACAACACUAAAACCCUUUCCCGUCCUUUUCCAACGCUUCACUUUUGCACAGCAC